AUGACUUUAUCUGCUAAACGAAAAUUGGCUUUUCAAUGGUUUGAUGAAGGAUUAAAUUUUUUUAUUACUGGUAGUGCUGGAUGUGGUAAAAGUUAUAUACAUAAUGCUAUUGCUUCUAGCGAUCAAAUAUUUAAAAAUAUUGCAGUAACAGCUAGUACAGGAAAAGAGGCUCAUCAAAUUAAAGGUAUGACUGUGCACAGUUUUCCAGGUUUUGAAAUAGGUACAAAAUCUGUCGAUUAUUAUUACAAACACAUGCAAGUAGAUGUUUUAGAAAGAUGGAGAAAUACACACGUUUUGAUUAUUGAUGAAAUUUCAAUGCUUAACGCAGAAACCUUUGAUUUAUUACAUAAUUUAGCAUGCAAAAUAAAUCAAUGCAAUGACAAAUUGUUUGGUGGGAUACAAGUUAUUACUUGCGGUGAUUUCCGUCAACUGCCACCUGUAAAAGGUGAUUAUGUUUUUAAAUCUGCAAUAUGGAAAAAAUACAUGUUUAAUGUUAUCAAACUUUCUGAAUCUUUUAGACAAGAAAAUAUUGAAUUUUUUAACGCUUUAAACGAAAUACGACUUUGA